UUCUUCUUCUUCUUCCUCUUCCUCAACCCAACUAAUUCUCCGAUGGUGGCCGCCACCCACCCAGAUAUAAUUCUCGAGACCUGCAGGCGCUGCGCCAAGGGUGAUCCCAACCUGAACUACGCUCUGUGCGUGGAAUCCCUUGCAUCGGUGCCCAAGAGCCAUCACUCCGACGUGCGAGGGCUGGCGAUCGUAGCAGUGAAGCUGUCCAAGGCCAAAAUGAAGCAUGCCAAGUCCAUGGUGAAGAAGCUCUUGAAGGCGAAACCGAUGGGACGGUACAUGAAGAAUUGCUUGCUGACCUGCAAAGAUAUCUAUUCCGAUUCGAUAUCCAACCUCAAGGACUCCUUGAAGGCGAUCAAGUCCGGCCAGUACAAGGAUGCCAAUAUACAGAUUAGUGGCGCAGUAGAUGCCCCAGGUAAUUGCGAGGAUAGCUUCCAAGAUGGGAAUAUCAAGUCGCCGUUGAUAGGGGAGAACAAGGACCUGUUCGGGCUCGCCGUCAUUGCUCUUGGCAUCACCGCCCUCCUCGGACACGUGGCUCACCUAACAAUCCUCCAGAGAAGAUUCGCUGGCGCCGUUUUCUACUAACGGAAGUCGUUGGUAUUGAGGAAAAUCGCUCUCAAAACAAAGGUUCUGAAUUUUUUGUUUCAUAUUUUUUAUACCAUAAUUGGAGCUGUUGAUAGAAUGCCUCUUCCAAGGUACUGUGUAAUUCAAUGGAUAACUUAAUCUAGCAUACGGUAUACGUGCCCAUACGAAGUACUGCAAGAUUGUAUGCUUCAUGUCCAACACGGUGUAUCUAUGUGUCUCGGUGCCGUAUCAUGUUUCGAAAUUUUGGCAAAGUUAUAGUUUUCUCCUGCA